UGUCAAAAAUGCACCCUGAUGCAAAAUGUGAUCUUUGUCUAUGAAUUCUUUUUAAAAAGCAUUUCCAUAAUCCAUAAACUGUUUCAAGAGGAUUUAAUGCGGACUUGUCUCUACAAUAUUUUUGUUUCCAUGUGUUAGUCGAAUAUUCAGAAAAGGCAAGUGAUGUCUUCUACAUAUUGUCUAACUAGAUGUGGGAUGUGUGCAAAUCUUAGUAUACUCCAUUCUGAUUGCAAACAAUGUGGGAACAUCUGUGAAAACUGUUCCGGGCUCCAUAGCAAAGGGAAAGCCUUCAAAGAUCAUGAAGUGAAAUACAUAGCUCUUUCACGUGGGAUGGAGACGAAUCCAAUCAGUGAGGAACCUUCCAUUCAACCUGAUAUUCUUGAGAGUACCCCCACCACCACAACACCGGAUAAUCCUCCUUCUACACCAAAUACAUCAGGCAUUCAAAAGAAAAAAACUGUGAAACGAAAAUCAGCUCAAGAUAGCAUGAAAGGAAUGGAAAAAGCUGCUUGUCCAAAACAUAAAUCUAAUACGGUGGAUUUAUGUUGUCAGGAUUGCAAUCAAGCAAUAUGUUCCCAGUGUCUGACCACUGCUCAUACUGGACACAGAAUUGGAGAUAUUACCGAAUUUUUCGGAAACAAAAGAGCUAUGAUAAAAAAUGAUUUAGAUGUGAUUCAGAGCCAUAUCAAUCAAAGAGAGGAAGCAAAACAACAGUUGGUCGAAGACCUAGAAAAGAUGGAACAAGCUACAGAAAACGUGGUAAAGGAGGUAAAAGACUUCAUUGAAAAAAUGCGAGCAACGAUUCUCCAGAAAGCGGAAGAUCUGAAAACACGUACUAAAGAAACCAAAAGGCAGAUUACUUCUAGAAAGGGCGAGUUUGUCAAAGAAAUUAACAAACUAGAAACCUUACGUAAAAAAUGUCAAGAAGAUCUAGAUGCUAAAGAUUCAGGAGUAAUUCUCUUCAGAAAGGAUGCAGCGUCCUCGCUCGAGAACUACAAAACUCUCCCAAGUUUUUGCAAAAUUACAAGUCCAGCGUUUAUUCCAGCGGCAUUAGACCAAGACUUUAUCAACAGUUUUGGAACCAUUUUACCUGCCAUUAUCGAAGAAAAAACUAUUGCGUUUAAACCAUCAUUUGCACCAACAAAAAAUUAGGAAAAGGCAAGAAACAGAAAGUUGAUAACAAAACGCCUGCCUCAACAACCAGUUCUACUCAAGAUCAUUAAAUAUAGCAGGAUGCUGUGACUCAAUUUAACUAGAACUUGGUAAUAACAAUCUUAAAAAAUGAUGAAGAAUGGAACUUAAUAUUUUCUUCAAAAAUCAGCCAGCAAGGUGGAAAAAUGAAAAAAAUUUUCUCCACGUAUAGAAAAUCAUGCAAGUUAAACAACCUCUCGGUGGAGAAGUUAAGAAAUACUAUAUCUCUAUAAGUUAUCUUUUUAAAGUUAUCCCUCUCUAUUAAUGUAUAUCUUCAUAAAAUAUCUUUGAAAAUUUAAAAAUAUUGAUUAUGUACUACGAUAUAGCGUUCUGUGUGUGUGUGUGUGUGUGUGUGUGUGAGGGUGUGUGUGUGUGUGUGAGAGAGAGAGAAAGGGUAAAUUUUCAAAGAAUAAGAAAAAAUUAAAUGAUAUUUCUAAAACUUUCUUACUGUCAUAAGAAGAGAUCUUGUGUUUCAAACGUCUGUUUGGUCCAUUUCCUGAGUAUGACACUUUGUUACUGUAAAUAAUGGGGAAAUAAUGAAGUAUGUAUCAAUAUCAACGUUUAAGUGAUUUUAUGUUAUACUUUGAUAAAACAUGCAAACAAUUUCAAUUAAAUGUGUAUGAAAG